AGUCCGCGUGUGCGCGGGGCCGGCGCGUUAACAGCCAGUGCGCGCGGCCGCCGAGGAGUCAAACACAAGAGACAACAAAUCGCUGUCAGAAACGGUGCGCGUCACACUCGAGGCCGCCAGCGAUUCAUUUAAGCGAACAGACCUGGGAGGGAGAGAAGGAAGGAAAGGUGGGGGGAGGCAAGUGGAAAGCGAUGGAGUGAAAAAGAAAAAACCGACGGCGUUCCUGCACGGCGCUAAUCCAGCCGUUAAAACAGCUGUUUGUCUCCAACCACCCCGCCCCCAACCGAGAGGAAAGUACAAAUCCACUCCCCCCCCCCCCCCUCACUCUCUCUUCAGCAGAAUCAAAAUGGAAAUUCUCCCUUAGCAAGCGGGAGAACGCCUAAGAAACCACAAUGCGGUGAAACUGAAAGUUGUGCUGGUAUUUUAAUCUGAUAUAUUGGCGAGGGGGUUGUCGGCCAGCCCCGGCCGGGAUUGUGUGGGAGAGGAUGAUGCAGAAGCAGCUGCAGAGGGAUGAGGUUUACCGUUGGUUCGGUGAGUUGAAUUCCUCUCAGAGAGUGGAUUUCAUCUGCGGGCUGCUCGACCUCUGUAUCCCCCUGGAGCUUCGCUUCUUGGGCUCCUGCCUAGAGGACUUGGCCAAGAAAGACUAUCAUUCUCUCAGGGACUCGGAGAUCAAAGCGAACAACGUGGCUGACCUGGCCAGCUUGACGAACAUGACGGACGAAGUGGUUCGCAGCAAACUCAUCGUUUCCUUGGCCUUGUUGUGCUCCGACAACAGGGAGGCGUCCGGGGUCUUGUACCGCACCCUUACCCACAUCGAUUCUGUGAUCAACAACUAUGGCCUUCAGCUUCACGACAGGACUGGCGACGAAUUCCUGCUCUUGUUCACCAUGGCUUCCAACCACCCUUCCUUUACCUUCCACCAGAAACAGGUUCUGAGGCAGGAGCUGCUGGAGAUCCAGAGGAUUAUUGAUAGUACUUCCAACACAAACACCGUUCCCGUCACGACCACAACAUCAGUUACAACUGCAACCAACUGGGAUAGUAGCUCGGCUGUAUGUAAGGUAAUGCACAAAGCUGAUAGUGGUGUACACUGUUUGGAGAAUACAUUACAGACAUCAGCACAUUCCUGUGAUGAAUCCUCCCAAAAACGGCCUUCAGGCAAGCAUUCAAGAAUAAACAUCGAAAGGAUAGAUGUAAGAGGGUUACAGCACAAGAAGAAUGAGAAGACUGCUGAAUAUUCCUUUGAGGUCCUGUGGUCAGAUUCUUCAAUGACUUUCGUAACCAAGUCUUAUCGUGAACUGAGAGAAUUUCUAGCAAAGCUUCCGCAAAUGUUCCCAGAUGAGAAUUUGGAAAAUUCCAUUCCAGAAACCACCAAUCAUGACUGUUGUUACACAGAAGAGAGAAAAUAUGCAGAUCUGGAACCAUAUCUAAGAUACCUGUUAUCUUUGCCAUCUCAUAUGUUAAAAAAUGAUCAUAUACAGAAAUUUUUCAGUACUGCCACAGCCAAUCACCCUACUCAACAUUUAAAUCCCAGCUCCAUACCAGUGAUGCUGCAUAAAGCUAACACAAGCACUGGUGCAGCUGUAAGGCCAAUAUGUGGUGUAGCCAGCAUCCAGUGUUCUUAUAACACACUGCAGCCAUCAGUCUCUGCUUCUUCAUGCUCACAUUCAGUCAGUGGAAGCUCUGCAUCAGUUACUUGGCCACAGGCUGAAAGCCUGAGUCCACAGAAUCCAGAACAAAUUGGUAUUCUAGACUGGCUUAAAAAGUUACGUCUGCACAAGUACUAUCCUGUUUUUAAACAACUUACAAUGGAUAAGUUCCUCAGUCUUACUGAAGAAGACCUGAACAAGUUUGAAACACUCACAUUAGGAGCAAAGAAAAAACUGAAGAUGCAAUUAGAACUUGAAAAAGAGAAGUCUGAGAAAAGAAAUAUCAACAGUAUGGGUCAGUCAUCUGUUUCCAGUGCUGGAAUUGCACGAGUUACACCAACAAGUCAUUUUGGUCCUAUUCACUCGAUUCGCUGCAUUCCUACUGCAGAACUCCGAGUGGAGGUAGAACAGCACAGUCGCAUGGGAACUAAAGAUAGCGGAUCUUCCUCUGAAUAUUCCAGUUCACCAUCAAGUCCAAUAGGAAUCCAGGGAAGGGAGGAGAGUUCAGAUAGUGCAGAUGAAAAUGACAGACAUCCAGAGACCGCAUUGGACGUUCAAAUAAAGGAGAAACCGACAAUGUUAUCAACUCACCUGAGCAACCUAAACCCUGGGUCAUGGAGACCCACAGCACAAGUCUCACCAGUGCAAAAUGAAACUGGAUUGACGCACCCCAGCCAUGUAUCUUCAGCCAUUUCCACUGUACAGUUCAUGCCAGUGAUCUCUUCAAACAUCGCUCCCAGUCGAAUGCUCAAUUCAGUACGGAAAUCGGAAAGAGGCAGUUUUGACAUAAAGCCUAUUACUGGCAUUUCUUCUCCAAUUCAUACAAGUUUAUCUGUUGAUCUUGGAAGCAAACUUCAUGAAGGACCUGGCAGUAGCAUCAAAGUAGAAAAAAAGUUUGGCUCUCUUGGAGCCAUGGUUGUUGAUGUAAUGCCAACUUCUCCACUUCAGGCUUCCCAAAUAUCUACUAGUGUUUCGGAAAACAGUGGGAUUCCAUCUAAAGUUGUAAACUUUGGGAUUAGAACUAAAGUUGGACCUCCUCCUUCCAUAGAUACUGCACCCAAAACAGCUCAAUUAUCAAUACCGAGAGCGGACACCAGUUCUUCCAUUACUGUAACAUCUAACUCUGCAUAUAAUGUUUCUCACCCCCCAGUGAAACUUCUUGUCUCCUCCUCCAUUCCGACAGAACCUAUGCUGGUGGGACAGACUGCCUAUAAUAGUGUUGUACAAGUAAAAAGUGUCUCACCUGCUGUAAUAAGCUCAAGGACAGUUCCUUAUUCAGCCAACACCAAAGUUGCCUUUUCAACAAUUCAGUGUUCACCUAUAACUUCCAUCUCUGGCACUUUCUGUACAAAUAACAACAAUACACCCGCCAAUAGCCACCCUUCUGUGUCCUUCACAAACAUUGUGAGUGUGCCAAAUUGUCCAAUCCCUAGCUCCAGCCCAACCCUUUCCUCUGUGGCUGAAAACAGUUAUAUUAACAGCAAUAAUGGUACUGGUGGCUCAGGAAUGAAUAUCCCUAUGCAGCAGCAGCAAACUGGGUGUAAUGUGUGCAGUUCAUGUGGCUGCAGUGGAAACUGUGGUUCAAAUCCUGUGACAAUUAACUAUGCCAAUUACUUCCAAAGCCCAUUUUCAGGGCAUUCAGUGUUAACUUUUCCAAUUUUCCCAUUCAGUCCUUUAUGUAACAGUGGUUACAUCAGCACCCAAUACAAUAACGGUACUGCCUUUCCCUAUCCAGUCGUCCCACCUCCUGCUUAUAAUACUGGUUUAACUCCUGAUUCCAUCUUAAGUGGGCAGUCGAACUUUGUCAUGCCUCCCAUGCAGAAUUUCCUGGGUGGUACAGCUGCAGUAUAUCAGACGCAAAACAUGCUAGGAAGCACAAAUGGAUCAGGACAUAAAAAGAAUGGGCAUAUUUCAUGCUACAACUGCGGGGCUAAUGGGCAUCGAGCUCAGGACUGCAAGCAGCCAGCUAUGGAUUCCAAUCAGCAAGGUACUUUUAGAUUGAAGUACGCCCCUCCGUCUGAAAGUAUGGAUUCGGCAGACUAGCAUUUGGAAAUGCACAUUAGCAUGAAUCACAAUGUGCCAUUGAGUAAACCAAUAGUAGGUACAAAGAAAGAUGCAAAGAUGUUCAGUGGAUAUCUUGCCCUGCUAAAUUAAUUCCCUGCUGUUUUUAUCCAAAGGUGCUUUUUUAAAAAAAAUAAAUCUUAUACGGGGAUAGAAACUACACUACGCAUGCACUAGCUGUAAAUAUAAUUGAGUGAGUUUCAAGAAGUAAUGGCUAAAACCAGAAUCAUUGUGUUUAGCAAAAACUGUGCAAGGACAUUGCACAAAGAAAAUGGAAUUUAUCCAGAACUAUUAGAUACUAUGGAUGUUCCUACAAACUAAAACACAACAGCAGAACUAUUUUCCUUUUGAUUGCCUAUUACUGUACAGCUUUACAAGAAUGGAGAAAAGGGGAAAACUCCAGAAAGAGGAACAAAGAACUCUUUUAAAGAAUUUGCUAUUAUAUUUACAAUGCAAUAUUGAUGGAGCACAGCAGAGUUGACCAAAGUACUCUUGUCUGAUCAACAAGAUAGGGAAGAUGUUUGGAAAACCAAUGCUGAAAGAACAAAAAGACUCUACAGUCUCUGCGAAGAUGCUUUGAGCAUAAGUUUGGCUGUGUGGGAAAGCUUGUUUCUGUUUUUGUAAGGUUCUUCAACUUGUAUAUUUUUAAGAGAGAGACCUUUACAUGUAAAAAGAUGCAAACAAAUAUUUUUUGUAAAUUUAGUGUGUUUUUUGUAGAAAUAUGCUGUCAAGUUCUCCUGAAUCAAUUUGUCAUGUUUACAAGUGUUUGUGUGUGUGUGUGUGUGCGCGCGUGCGCGUGUGUGUAGCCAAAGGCUAAUGCAGAAGAACCUUUACACAUGUCCAUAUUUAAGGAGAACACUGAAUAUGUCUGUAUUUAAGGAGAACAUUGAAUUAGUCCUGCAACCUGUAACCUGGAUGAACUUACAUAUCACACUAAGCAAAGUCAGUUUACUCUUCAGUGUGAAAAGGAAGCCUGUUGUUUUCUGUCAACAUUUGGAACACAAAAAUUGAUGUUUGUUUUUCAUCCAUAAGAAGGAAAUCUUGGUUUACUAAAGUAAAAGUUGGAAACAUUUUGCUUCA